AUGCAAAGUUAUAAUAAAACCUCUGCUUCGUAUUUUAUUAAAAAACUUCACCUGGAACCACAUCCAGAAGGAGGGUAUUACUCGCAAAUCUAUCAAGACAAAUCAGUGAUUAAAAAAGUUGGUUUAUCAGAUAAGUUUGAUGGGAAUAGAAGUUGUUCAACAGUAAUAUAUUUUUUGCUUGAUAGAAAAAACUUUUCUACCUUUCAUAGAAUCAAGUCUGAUGAAGGUUGGCAUUAUUAUGCUGGCAAUACCAGUGUCAAAAUUUAUGAAAUAAAAACGGAUGGAAAACUUAUUGUCCACAACCUUGGCAAUAAUAUAGAUAAAGGAGAAAAAUUUUUUUCUGUUGUUGAAAAAAAUGCGUGGUUCGGUGCCGAACUUGGUGAUCAAAAUGAUGACAAUUUUGCUUUAGUUGGAUGUAGUGUGGCUCCGGGAUUUGAUUAUAAAGAUUUUGAAAUGGCAACAUUUGGAUAUCUUUCAGAACAAUAUCCUCAACACAUAAAGAUUAUAGAAAAAUUAACUCGUAAAUAA